AUGGCUAUCAGAGAAACGCACACGAGAAGUCUUGAGUUGGCUGAUCCAGCUUUACUGGAGCAGAUUGACAAGCUUUUUGCAUGUGACGUGGGGUAUGGGAAAAGCUCGGUCCUCGAGGGCCUCACCAAGCUAAGCUUCCCUCACGACAGCAGCUUGUGCACAAGAUUUGCGACGCAGAUCAUCUUCCGCCUCGAUACCAACAUGGCUGAACGGCAGAUAUCUGCAUCUAUCCUCCCUUCAUCAGAUGCAAACACAGAGGAGGACAAGAAGCUGCGGAGAUGGAAGGCUGCUGGGCUUCAGUCACUGGAUUGGAGGCUAAAUGUGGCUUGCAAGGUGCACGAGAUCGUGAACCUUUCUUCUUCUGUUGGUGACCGAAAGCCAACCUUUUCGAACAGCGUGCUCCAGCUGGAGAUUCGUGGCCCGAACGAGAGUCACCUUAGCGUGAUCGAUGUCCCUGGAAUCUUUAAGAAUACGACAUUUAAUCGAACUACCAAGCAUGAUAUUACGCUAGUUAGGAAUAUGGUUCUUCGCUAUAUGGAAAGCCAACGAUCUAUCAUGUUGGCUGUGGUUCCCGCAAACGUUGAUAUUGCCACUCAAGAAAUCAUUGAGAUGGCCAGGGAGAUCGACCCGGAAGGAGAAAGAACAUUGCGGAUCCUCACCAAACUAGAUCUUGUUGACAAAGGAGCCGAACACAAAGUGAUCCAACUCAUCCAUGAUGGGAAUGCAAACGGGCAGCUGGGGUGGAUCCUUGUUCGAAAUCUCGGCCAAAACCAGCUUCAGGCUGGCGAUGCCGACCGAGAUGCCGAAGAAAGAAUAUUUUAUCAAAAUGCGCCCUGGAAUAGUGUUCCGCCUGAGAACUACGGGAUGUCAGCAUUGAUGGGCCGCCUCCAAGAACUCCUCACAUCAAACGUCCGCCGCGAGUUACCCUCGGCAAGCGUAACUUUCUGUUGCUGUGUAUGCAUGCAAGCAGCAGACCAUUUCCUAGUGACUGGCCCCGAGGCCCCAAUGAACUUGUUUUCACCUUUCUGGGCCAACAGGCUCUCCAACGAGAGACUGGAAGAGAUAGCCGGAGAGGGCAGAGCCUCAACGCGCAGACGGCGACACUUGGAAAAGGAGAUUGGAGACCUGGAGGCUGGAAAGGCUGUUCUUCUUGGCUGA